GAACUGUUAAAUCAGCAAAGACUAUCAGAUGAUUUGUAACCUCUGAUUUCAGAGUGUGUUUCAGUUCACUGGGAAUAUCAUGUGUCACUGUAUUUUCAGAAAAUGGUUUAACCCUGCUUUAUUAUCAGCAAAAUGUUAAGCAACUAUAACCUUGUUUGUAGCGUGGCUAUGGACUUUGUAUUCAGUGUGUAUUUAAUAAGUUGUGUGUGCUUAAACCUGCAACAUAAUUGAGCUAUAUACAAGGUUUAAAUAAAGAACAUGGGAAAUAUAUUAACUAAAAAACUGUGUGUGUUUUCAUAAAUACUCAUUUUGUUUCCAGAAAUGGGAUAAUAAUAACAGUGAAUACAAAGAACUUAAAACUCAAGGACAGUUUCAUGACAAUAUCUAUCCCAAAAUGAUGGCAUCUCUGGAUUCAGGCCUCAACAGUUCAGAUUUAGUGAAGGACUAUGUUUGUGGAGGUUGCGAAAGUAGAAAUAAUCUUGAAAGUGCAGAUUAUUUUUGUGCAUCGUGUACAAAGUUUUUCUGCAGAAAAUGCAUUGAUCCUCAUGAUCAAAUAUAUGCAAACCAUUCCAAAUAUGGAAGAGGAGAAACAAAUAAAUGGCCUCUUACAAAGACAAUGGAGAAUUUGCUACUGAAAUGUGAUGUUCAUAAAGACAAGAAACUUAAAAUGUUUUGUCAGGACCACAGUCAGCUGUGUUGCAAUGAUUGUGCUUUUCUGAAUCAUAGACAAUGCACAAAUGUGGCUCUAAUUUCUGACUUAGCCAAAAACCUGUCAAUGAAUAUGCAACAGUUGUCAAACAAUCUUCAAACUAUUGUUGGUGAACUAAAUAAGUUUAAGAGUAAACAAGAGGCCAGCAUUCAGUCCGUGGAAGUAUCAUGUAAUGAAAAACUACAAGAAAUAAAAGACAUUCGAAAGAAAUUAAAUGCUGCAUUGGAUGCACUAGAAAAUACAACAUUAAAAGAAUUGGAUGAAAUUCGGACCACAUUGCAAACCUCUCUUAAGAAAGAUAAUGACAACUGUAUCAAACUGAAAGAUGACUUGCAAAAACUCAUUGAAGCUGUAAAUGGCCUUUGUGAUAAGAGCAAGAAAGAACUUGAGUUCAUAGCCAGCAGAAAAUGUUUGGACAAAAUACAAGAGUCAGAGUCAUAUCUGAAGGAGAACCCUGUAAAGGUGCAGAGUUUUAUAUUCCAUGCAAACGCUGACAUUGAGCAGUACCUGUCUAAACAGUCUAGUCUAGGGAAGAUUGUAGACAGUAUGCCAUCUCUAAAUUUCAAUAUGAAUCCAGACCAGGUGUUAACUGUGAAGAGAUUGGAGUAUACUGUAAGCAUACCGAACGACACAAGUAAGCCUUACUGCAUUGGCAUUUGCAGCCUGCCUAGUGGCCAUGUCAUUGUUGCAGAUUAUCAUAAUCAAAAAGUGAAGCUUUUGGACCAGCAUUACAACGUGUCCAGUCACUGUGAUGUGUCUGGUAAUCCAUAUGACAUUUGCAAUAUCACAUCCAGUGAGGUGGCUGUGACUGUUGGUAAAAAUGUCCAGUUUAUAUCUGUGAGCAAUGGGCAAUUGGUGAGUGGGAGGAAGAUUUUAUUACAGCAUGAUGCCAACGGUAUCGCCCACCAUGAGGGAGCGUUGUAUAUCACCUCUGGAACUGCCCUGUACCACUACAGUAUGACUGGAACACUUGUGAAAAAGCUGUUUGAGGAUGCAAGAGGCUCUUUUACAGUGUUUUACUGCGCAGUGAAUCCUGCUGGUGACAGGAUCUAUGUCACCAACCUCUUUCAGCACAAGCUCAUUACUCUGGCUACAGAUGGAACUCUGAUAUCCACCUUUACAGACCCUGAACUAAUACACCCAAGGUGUGUAAUGGUAACACCUGUAGGACAAGUGUUGAUCUGCGGAUGCAGCUCCCAUACUGUCAUACAGGUGGAUCGUGAGGGAACAAAGAGACUGGCAACUUUGGCUUCACAAAAAGAUGGACUCAGCCAACCAGCCUCUGUCUGCUACAACACCAACACUCACCAGAUCAUUGUUGGUCUAAGUAAUAACAGUAAAAUCAUUGUUAUGGACUUGCAAUAGCUCUUGCAUUAGAUGAAAACAUUGACAUAAAACACUUUUAUAAACAUAAUUACCCAUUUUUCUUUGAAUUGCUUAUGCAGUAUUAGCAAUUUAUAUCUAGGUAAACAAAAAACCGUCGGAGACGGGUGAUGCUCCCCAAAGUAUUUUUUUGUCACAAUAUUGCACUAUAUAUUUAGAUAAAAGGAAACGUCUUGAGGGGCAUAACUUUGGACAAAAUAAUAUGAUGGAUGGUUUAGCAACUUAAAAAUUUCAAAGGGCCAUAACUCUCUAAAUAAAUCAUCUAACCAGAGCCCACAAAUAACAUUCGCAUCUCCUCUUGGUAGUUAAGCUUCUCAUAAAGCUUCAUUGAAUUUCAGUCGUUAGUUGCUGAGAAAUAGCCCGGACAAGAAUUGCACUGUGUACAGUUAAUGGAAAAUUUCAAAGGGUCAUUACUCUGUUAAAAAUCAUCCGACUAGAACCCGCUGAUAAUAUGCACAUGUCCUCUUGGUAGUGAAGCUUCCCAUAAAGUUUCAUUGAAUUCCGGUCAUUAGUUCCUUAGAAAUAGCCCGGACAAGAAUUGCACUAUAUGAACAGUAAAUGGAAAAUUUCAAAGGGCCAUAACUCUGUGAAAAAUCAUCCGACCAGAACCGGCUGAUAAUAAUUGAAUUCCGGUCAUUAAUUUGCUGGGAAAUAGCCCGGACAAAAAUUGUGCUCAGACCGAUGGACACACGCACGGACAGACGAAGCGGCGACUAUAUGCUCCCCCAAAAAAUUUUAAGGAGCAUAAAAAAACAUAUUCAUAGAGUUAAAUUUUGUUAUGAACAAGUAAUUAAACUUCAUUUGAAAAUCAGUUGUUUUCAUGCUUGAAAGAUUGCACAAUUUUUAAAGUGAAUUUAUGUCAUCUAUCUAUAAUGUUGAUGCUGAUUAGUUCUUAAGUCUGGCUUUAUUAAAUGUUUUAAUUAUACAAUAUGCAUGUUCUAUGUUAAGCAAUUAUUAUGAUGUAUUAACAUUUGAUUAUUUUUAUGCCAUUUAUGCCUUUUCUUUUAUAAAAUUAUGUAUUUUGAUAUUGUCAUAUUUGAAUGUGUGCUUUUGAAUGCCUAUUAAAGGCAAUAUAUAUAUGUUAUACUUUGGAAACUUCAGUAAAAUAUAACAAUAAGAUAAAAGCGUUUAUUUGGCAAUGUAUCCACUUUAGGCUUACAUUUUUACUGUGGUCUAACACAGAUGUUUAUUAAACCACUUACAAUAUGAGCUCUGUGGUGGGUAAGACUUCUAGCAGAAAAAUACACUAAUAUCUCGGAACAAUUAUAAAGACUCAGAAAAGAUGGAAACAUUUAAAUACAAAUGCCCCAUGAAAUAUGAAAACAAAUCCUUAUUAAUAAAUGAUAAUUGAUUCAACAGCUUGUUGUUUUCAAGGCUUGCUAUCUCACUUGAGUGCAUACAGAGCUUUAGUCUCAAUCAUCAUCUUUUGUUCUCAGUUACAAUUAAUGGGUGGAUUGUAUUCAUUUUUGCAGAAAUGUUCUUUGAAUUGUCAUUUUAUAAAAGUUCAUUGAAAUCAUCAGAAUAUUUGGAAAACUGCAUGCAACAGAAAGUGUGAAACAUUAGCAGGACAACUUGUAAAAUUUGUGUGAUCGCGCACAAAAUUUCUUAAGAUUAUUUAAAUUAAAAUAAAAACAUGGCUGCCAAUAGGAAUCACACUUUUAAUGUCUGCCAAAG